GCUCGCGUGUGAUGUGUUUGUGUAUCCUCAGUGUUUUUCUCUCUCGAGUGUUUUAUUGAGUGUAAACAGAGUCUUGUCUCUGUGUAUUUUAGUGUUGAUGAUGAGAUGGAUGUGAUGUGCUGUAAAUCAGAAACUGAUCAGGGCUUACAGGAUGAGGAAUCUACUGAUCAAACCUCCACAGAGUCUCUGGUUUCUGUCUGUAACGCUGGAGAACAGCAGCAGAUCCUGCAGACCAAACUCAAGAUGUGUUCAGUCAAACCCAUCGACUGCAGGAACCUCAUGAUGAAGAUCAAAACUGAACCUGAACCUACAGAAGUAAAAACUGAACCGACAAAAGUUAAAACUGAACAUAAAGAAGUAAAAACUGAACCUAUAGCAGAUGAAUAUGAAGACAAACAUAACGAUGCUCAUGAUUGUAUUCUGUCAGAUAAGAAGAGUGAUUCAAGUUUUGAUGGAGAAAUAAUGUCCACAACAUCUAAAGAGCGAUGGACAGCACAAACUCUUUCCUGCAUCACAGGUGAAGAGACAUUGAGCUCCCAGAGACAUUUAGAGAGAAAACAUACAGAACAGAAACUCUUCACCUGCAGGAGUUGUAAAAUCAGCUUUACUACCUUACAAGAGAAGAAACUUCAUUCAGAAGAGUACAAAGAAAAGAAGUGCUUUCACUGUCAGCAGGGUUUAAAGGAUUUUUCUACCACCACAACAACAACUAAAAUAAACGUCGACAUGAGGAAACACAGUCAUGAAAAGCCUUUCCACUGCACUGAAUGUGGCAAACACUUCACCACCAAACAUAAUCUUAAUAUUCAUCAGAGAAUUCACAAAGGAGAAAAACCACAUGAGUGUCCUCACUGUGAGAUGAGAUUCAGACACAAACCUCAUCUGAAGGCACAUGUGAUUUUACACACCAAAGAGAGACCGUAUCAGUGCAGUGAAUGUGGAAAAACAUUUAGGCAAGCAAGUACAUUAAAAUCACACCAGAAUAUUCACACUCAAGAGAAACGCUAUCAAUGUUCACACUGUGAUAAAAAUUUCGGUCAGAAAUCUCAGCUGAUAGUCCAUCAGAGAUCUUACACUGGAAAGAAACCUUACGUCUGUAGUGUUUGUGCCAAGAAUUUCAGUGAACGUUCCACUUUAUUGACACACCAAAGAACUCAUACAGGUGAAAAACCUUACAAAUGCUCUCAGUGUGAGAAGAGGUUUGCUCAUUCAUGUAACUUAAAAGCCCAUCAGAGAAUUCAUACUGGAGAGAAACCUUACCACUGUAAUGUUUGUGAGAAGAGUUUUAAUCAACAUUACAAUUUAGUGUCACACCAGAGAAUUCAUACAGGUGAAAAACCUUACAAAUGCUCUAAGUGUGAAAAGAUGUUUACUCAUUUAGGUAACUUAAAUUCCCAUCAGAGAGUUCAUACUGGAGAAAAACCUUACGUCUGCUAUCAGUGUGGUAAGAGCUUCUUUGAUCAAGCUUCUUUGAACUGUCAUCAGAGAACUCAUACAGGUGAAAAACCUUACAAAUGCUCUCAUUGUGAGAAGACGUUUGCUCAGUCAGGUCACUUAAAAGCCCAUCAGAGACUUCAUACUGGAGAGAAACCUUACGUCUGCUCGAUCUGUGGUGAGAGAUUCACUAAUGCAGGACCUUUCAAGACUCAUCAGAAGAAACACACUGAAGAACAAACUGAUGUUUGAAAAAGACUUUGUCUCCUUUUUCACCCCUGAUUGCCCCCCUGUGAACAAAACCACAAGCUAUAUACAUACGGACAUACAGUGAUGGACCACAAAAAGAAAAUGGAUCCUCCAGAGGACUAUCUGCUCCUCCAUCUUAAGCAAAUAUGAUGCUGAGUUUAUGGGGACGAUGCCAUACUAAAUGCAGGCUUUCGGAUAGGGCUGGAUGAUCAUUAAAGGUCACGUUUUUUCUGCUCCCAUUUUUUUAAACCCUAGUUAGUGUGUAAUGUUGCGAACGGCCGGUUUUGUCUACAGCCCUCUACUUCCCGCUUUAAUGACGUUACUAGAACAGUUUUUUGACUAAACCCCGCCCACAGGAAUACAUCAUUCGCCAGUUACACUUCGGAGUGCGAGGGAUUAUAGGCGUGUCGUUAUAUUUGCGCUGCCUACUGCUGUGACAUCAUACAAGUGAGAGUGUCGUUGUACAUUCCUUUACAUUUAUUUAUUUCUCAGUCUGCCACAAAAUUAACAUUGGCCACCACAAAUAGAUGCUUGCACAUCGCGUUUAUCACUACCUCUAUCUUUGGGAACUUAUAGCAGAGCACAGAUGACAACAUGUUUGCUCGAGACGGCACAAGCUAGCACGAAGGUAAAGCUAAUCUUUUAUAUUAUAGUGAUGACGCUAGUAGGGAUUGUUCUCUCAGACCAAUCAGUGUUCUGCAGUGUUUUCGCGUCAUGUUUUGGUAUCAGCUCAGGUCGCUUGGAACCCUAACUGAAGUGGUACUAUAAAAAGUAUCAGGUACUACGUACUGCACCCAAUUGAAAAGUUCCCAAAAGUAAGCAGACCUAAUCCACACAGGGGGGGGGGGGGGGGGCUAUGCAAUGGAAAAGCCCCAUAAGUAAACGCUUGUACCUCUGUGAUUUUCGACCUAAAAGAGUUUUUCUCUUUUUGGCAUUUCUUUCUUCAGAAGAGAGGUAUUUUUUUACUAACAGCUGCUUUACUUUGGUUUAAGGAGGGAUAAGAACCCAGCUAACAGAGAAAAGUUCUAAGAACGUUUCCUUGAAAGUUCCCAACGUUCCCAAAAAUGUUCUGGCACCAUGAAAAGUGUCCAGUUUUUUAAGCUUUCUAAGAACAUUUCUGGGUUGUCUGAACAUUAGAGGAAUGUUACAUUUUACAAUUUUCGAAUGUUGAGACGACGUCAUGUUUUAAUGUUCACACAUUUAAAACAACUGUUUUCUAGAUUUAUAUUUUUUCUUAUGUAAAUGAUAAAGAAACAUUACAUUUUAUUAUUUUAAAACCGUUAUAAAUGUUCUCUAAAAAUAUUGUUGUAUAAAACACAAUUGACUUAAUAUUUUCAGAUGUUGAUGUUUUGUUUCGUUUAAAGUCACCAUUAUGGUGAUCAGUGUUUGUUUUAGGACUGGACUUUUGACCUGUGUAAUUUUACUUGCUAGUUUUUCCCCAGUUGCAUUAACUUUGUGUGUAUGAAACACAUUUGUUGUGUUAAUGUAAAGUAAAUGAUCAUCAUCUAAUAAAUUGAUUCAGUCACUCAUCACAAGUUUCUUUUUUGGCAAAAUAAGAUCCAGCACUUACAGCAGUUUGUCAUCUAUAUUAGUUAACUACAUUAGUUAACAUGAACUAAUAAUUAACUGCACGUAUACAGCAUUUAUUAAUCUUUGUUAAUGUUAAUUUCAACAAUUACUAAUACUUUAUUACAAUCUUGUUAACUUUAGUUAAUGCACUGUGAACUAACAUAAACAAACAAUUAAAAGCUUUAUUUCAAAGAUUAAUAAAUACUACAACAAAUGUAUUGCUCAUGGUUUGUUCAUGUAAGGUAAUACAUUAACUAAUAAACCUUAUUGUAAAGUGUUACCAAAUCCUUAAUAACAAACUGCUGUGAGAAUUGACAGAAAAUAAACUUUUGAUGAGUGAGUAAAUCAAUUAAUUUGAUGAUGAUCUUUACCAUUAUGUACCAACCACCACAGAAUUUCACUAUUAACUUUACAUUACCAUAACAAAUGUGUUUUAUAAACAUAAAGUUAAUGCAUCCAGGGAAAAACUAGCAAGCUAAAAGUCAAGGGGCAAAAUAAGACAAACCCUGAUCACUUUAAAUGACUUUAAAUGAAACAAAACAUAAUCUAGUCUAAUAACAUAGUCUAAUUAGUCAAUUGUGGUUUCUACAGCAACAUUUUUACCAAACAUUUAGAAAUAAUGUUUUAUAAGUGUUUAAAAUAAUAAAAUGCAACGUUUUGCCAUCAUUUACAUAACAAGCAACAACAGUUUUUUACUAUAUACACCAAGUAUUAUAUACUAGGGCAAUAUGAGCAAAAAAAUCAUAUUCCUUUUUUUUUUUAGGAAUGACAGUAUCUGAUAUAUAUAGCCGAAAUAUUCCUGCCCAUACUGGUGAAAUUAUUAAAUCUAUAAAAUUUAGGGCUGGGACAAUUAAUCGUGCAAAUGCGCAUUUUCUCAAUGAAUGAAUUUAAAUGAAUUACGUUGAAAAGCCGCCACAUCCAAAAGCCAGGAGGCGCAGAAACUCUAUUUGUGCCACAGAAGUAGUAACAUUACAAACGCUAUUCCAGGAAAUGUCUAGAAGCAUAUUAAUAUUGCUGUUCUUUAAAUAGUUUCAGGUAUUUUCAUGAUAAUAAACAAUAUUUUGAAUGACUGUGCUUGACAAGUGUUGGUUUUUUAAAUGCACACUAUAAACAACUCAAACUGAUAGUGAUUUUAGAUUGAUAAGGGCUUACUGAUCACAGAGCCGUAGUGCACGCAUGCGCUGUGCAUAAAACACAGA